AUGAUUAAUAUUGAGUGGCCAUUUUAUACACAUAUGGAUUUUUGUGGUCAAAAAAUGGCUGAACGACUUUUUCAAGUCAUCAUCAGUUUAUUCGGUAUUAUCGGUUUUAUUAUUGGUUAUAUGAUGCAACAAUUUAGUAUGACAAUCUAUAGUGUUCUUUUGGGAACUUUUGUUGCCGUUUUAUUAACCUUACCACCAUGGCCAAUAUAUCGUAAUAAUCCAAUUCAAUGGCAAAAAACUAUUGACUCAAGUAAAGAAAUUAAGAAUAAUUCGAUUAUAAAUUCGUGGAAGAAAGAUAAAUAG